CAGGUGCCUUCUAGAAUUUUCAAAGCUCGAUAAAAGCGGCCGUUGCGCGCUAGUAUUCAAUACUCUGAAAAGUGACGGCAAGAGAGACUGAUCUCUGUGAGUGGUAUAAAGCUAUAUUUCGCCUACGAUUAUACGUGCAACGUAUUCUCAACGUUAGUGUAAAGCAAGUUAUUUCUUAUUAACUUGUGCGCGUCUGUAUUUAAUUUUAAUUUUACGUGACUAAAUACAGUGAAAAAAUGCCAGAGGAUGUUACCAUGGUCGGUGCCGGCGAAGUGGAAACCUUUGCCUUCCAGGCUGAAAUUGCACAAUUAAUGAGCUUGAUUAUUAAUACUUUCUAUUCCAAUAAAGAAAUCUUCAUUCGAGAACUGAUUUCAAAUGCGUCUGAUGCAUUAGACAAAAUCCGUUAUGAAUCUUUAACAGACCCAUCCAAAUUGGACACAUGCAAAGAAUUAUUCAUCAAGAUCAUUCCCAACAAGAAUGAACGUACCUUGACUAUUCUUGACUCUGGUAUUGGCAUGACAAAAGCUGAUUUGGUUAACAAUUUGGGUACUAUUGCUAAAUCUGGAACUAAGGCGUUUAUGGAAGCUCUACAAGCUGGUGCAGAUAUUUCUAUGAUUGGUCAGUUUGGUGUGGGUUUUUACUCUGCUUACCUAGUAGCAGAUAAAGUUAUAGUCAUCUCGAAACAUAAUGAUGAUGAACAAUAUGUAUGGGAAUCUUCUGCGGGUGGUUCCUUCACUGUCCGCCCUGACUUUGGAGAGCCAAUCGGAAGAGGUACCAAGAUUAUCUUGCAUAUCAAGGAAGAUCAAACUGAGUAUUUGGAGGAACUUAAAAUCAAGGAAAUUGUCAAGAAGCACUCUCAAUUCAUUGGCUAUCCAAUUAAACUUGUUGUUGAAAAGCAGAGAGACAAAGAACUAAGUGAAGACGAAGAAGAGGAAGAAGAAGAAGAAAAGAAGGAGGGAGAGACUGAAGAUACCAACAAACCUAAGAUCGAAGAAGUUGGAGAGGAUGAAGAUGAGAAUAAACCUAAAGAUGAGAAGAAAAAGAAAAAGAAGACAAUUAAGGAGAAGUAUACUGAAGAUGAAGAACUGAACAAGACAAAACCAAUUUGGACAAGAAAUCCAGAUGACAUUUCACAAGAAGAAUACGGCGAAUUCUACAAGAGCUUAACCAAUGAUUGGGAAGAUCACUUGGCUGUCAAACACUUCUCUGUAGAAGGUCAAUUGGAAUUCCGGGCAUUGCUCUUCGUUCCACGUCGUGCACCCUUCGAUCUUUUCGAAAAUAAAAAAAGAAAGAACAACAUCAAAUUGUAUGUACGCAGAGUCUUCAUUAUGGACAACUGCGAAGACCUUAUCCCAGAAUAUCUUAACUUCAUCAAAGGUGUUGUGGAUAGUGAGGAUCUUCCAUUGAAUAUCUCUCGUGAAAUGUUGCAACAAAACAAAAUUCUCAAAGUCAUUAGGAAGAAUCUUGUCAAGAAAUGCUUAGAACUAUUUGAAGAAUUGUCUGAAGAUAAGGAGAGCUACAAAAAAUGCUAUGAACAAUUUAGCAAGAACAUAAAAUUAGGUAUUCAUGAAGAUAGCCAAAAUAGAAAGAAACUCUCAGAAUUACUUAGAUAUCACACAUCUGCAUCUGGAGAUGAAAUGUGUUCACUGAAGGAUUAUGUUGGAAGAAUGAAGGAAAAUCAGAAACACAUCUAUUACAUCACUGGUGAAAGCAGAGAUCAAGUAGCUAAUAGUUCAUUCGUAGAAAGAGUUAAGAAGCGUGGUUUUGAAGUAGUAUACAUGACAGAACCUAUUGAUGAAUAUGUUGUCCAACAAUUGAAAGAGUUUGAUGGCAAACAGUUAGUGUCUGUAACAAAAGAGGGCUUGGAACUUCCUGAAGAUGAGGAAGAGAAGAAGAAACGCGAAGAAGACAAAGCCAAAUUUGAGAAUCUCUGCAAAGUUAUGAAAGAUAUAUUGGACAAGAAAGUAGAAAAAGUUGUAGUAUCCAACAGAUUAGUUGAUUCUCCAUGCUGUAUCGUUACAUCGCAAUACGGAUGGACGGCAAAUAUGGAAAGAAUCAUGAAAGCACAAGCUCUCCGGGAUGCAUCCACUAUGGGAUAUAUGGCUGCCAAGAAGCAUUUAGAAAUCAACCCAGAUCAUCCAAUUAUGGAAAACUUGAGGCAAAAAACUGAAGCUGAUAAGCAUGAUAAAUCUGUGAAAGACUUGGUUAUGCUUCUUUUCGAAACUGCACUUCUCUCUUCUGGUUUUGCGCUUGAAGAUCCACAAGUACACGCAUCUAGAAUAUAUAGAAUGAUCAAGCUUGGUCUUGGUUUCGACGAUGAUGAUAUACCAAAUGUAGAGGAUGAAAAAAUGGAUACAGAAGUUCCUCCAUUGGAAGAUGACACAGAAGAAGCAUCUAGGAUGGAAGAAGUAGAUUAA